UUUUGUGGAUUUUAUGUUUUGUGUUCUGCAGUUUCUUUGAUUCUGGAGAUUGUUGUUGUUUUUAUAAUAUUCGUUUUAUUUAUUGUUCUUAUAAUCUUGUUUUAUUGCUCUUUGAACUAGAGCAAACAUUUAUGUUUUCGGGCGUUGUUUCAUUAAAUCAGAAUUCAGAUGAAAAAGGGUUGAAAUUUACAAUCUAGAAUCCUGCUUUUUUUUUUUUUUUUUGCAACGGUUUGUUAUUGAAUUUCAAAUUUCGUUAUUUGAUUCAUAUGGCUUUUUAAGUGGAAACUCAAUCAGGUUAUAAUUUUUAACGUAUCAUCAUGACAGGCAAUAUACCAUUCCUGGAUGUCUUAACAAUAAUGAAUUCUAUAUGUAGGAGAGUGAAAUUUGAUAUUGCUAUCUUGUUUAUGAUGAUUGUAAUUGAUACUUAUGUGUUUUCGUUUGUGGAAAUAUGGAUUGAAGGGUUUUGAUUUUUGACGUUGAUUAUUGAUACUAAGGACAAGUGUUGUUGUGUGGGCCUUUUCUUUCACUGUUAAUUUUCCCUGUCUUGUCUUUCUUAUGCAACUUGAAGACUAUUCUAUUUUCUUUAAUUUCUUAUCUUCUGAAUCCUCUAGGGUUCUUUGUAAAUUCUUUGCCCAUGGAGCAUGUCUGAAAGGGGAGCAUUGUGAAUUUUCUCAUGACUGGAAGGAUCCUCCAAAUAAUAUAUGCACAUUUUAUCAGAAAGGAGUCUGUGCUUAUGGUAGUCGCUGCAGAUAUGAUCAUGUCAAAGCUCCUCGAGCACAGUCCUCCACACCAUCCUCUUCCGUAAUUGAACACCAGCCCCUGGCUUCAGAUUCUGCUGCUUUUGGAAAUUCUAGAACUACAUCAAAUGGUUUUGUUACAGCUGCAGAUUUUUCUCUUUCUGGGAGUCCUUACCUUCUUCCUCAUAAACCAGCUUGGAAUCAAGAAUCUGAGUAUCAUGAAUUUUUAGGGGAAGAAGAUGUUGGUCAAUCCAUUAUCACUUCACCUUCUGAGCAUUCAAUCUGUUCAUUUGCUGCUGCUGGAAACUGUCCACGAGGGGAAAAAUGUCCUCAUAUUCACGGGGAUCUGUGUCCCACCUGUGGAAAGCACUGCUUACAUCCUUUCCGAUCUGAGGAAAGAGAAGAACAUAUGAAGAGUUGUGAAAAUAAGCAAAAGCAUCUUGAUGCAUUAAAACGGAGUCAAGAAAUUGAAUGCAGUGUUUGCCUGGAGCGUGUUCUUUCAAAGCCUACAGCAGCUGAACGUAAGUUUGGGCUGCUAUCUGAAUGUGAUCAUCCAUUCUGCAUAUCUUGUAUUAGGAAUUGGCGUAGUAGUAACCCAACAUUGGGGAUGGAUGUUAAUAGCACAUUAAGGGCUUGCCCUAUCUGUCGUAAGCUAUCUUACUUUGUCAUUCCAAGUGUCAUUUGGUACUCAACAACUGAAGAAAAACUGGAAAUCAUUGACAACUACAAGGCAAAGCUCAAGUCAAUUGAUUGCAAGCAUUUUGACUUUGGGGAUGGAAACUGCCCUUUUGGAACUAGUUGUUUCUACAAGCAUGCAUAUCGAGAUGGCCGUCUUGAGCAGGUAGUUUUGCGACAUCUAGGGGCUGCAGAUGGCAAUACUGUAAUUGCUAAAGACAUCAGGUUGUCAGAUUUCCUUGCUAACAUGCAUUUAAGAUGAAGGAUAACGUUCAUAUGCUCCAGAUACUUGCUUAAAAAUGACAUACUUCAAUGUCAAAAGUUAUUUUUUUUAUUGCAAGCCAAGCUCCUCUUCUUGUUUCUAUGGUACAGGUACCAGGGAAAGAAGCAGCACUGUGCAUUCUGUUGUAAUAAAGUGCAUGUGUUAAAUGGUAGAUUGACAUACUACGACGGUAUGAACUUAAUAAAAACUAAUUUUUAAGGCAUAUAAAUCCAAAUAUGGAUUGAUGGUGGUAUACUCUACAGAAUGCACUCUUUUUGCCAUCAGUGAGACAAUAAGAAGCGUUUACUUUUGUCUGGUGGAUUUGAAAGUUAUAUGCAAAAAUUAAUUGGGGUGAAGUUUUCCUGUUAACAUUAUUGAGAUCUUAAGAUAUACUAGUUUAUUGUAUACUGGAUUCCCUUCUGGGUGAGGCAUUGCGCCAAGGGACUUGGGAAAAAGUUCAAAAUAUGUAUCGAUUUUGUUAUAUUCAUAGGACCUUGUCAGCGCCCUUUUGCGGCUGAUAUUGGUAACAUAACGUUUCCCCCAAUCAAAUUUUCACUUACUGAAUUCACAAGUGACACCCUUUGUUUAGUAGCUAGUGAAAUUUCUUUCAAUUUAACGGGCACUUUGUUUAGAGUAAAUUUUAUCUAAAUAUUAUUUAGUUGAGCAUUGCUGAAUAUUAUGAAAUUUUUGUGACGAAAAAAAACGAAAUAAAUGUGGAACAAUCGGGUUAAAUAAGUUUUAGAAUGGACAAAAGAUGGGGAAUUGAUGGAAAUCAUCGCUAGGUCUUCAGUAUUGUCUUUUUCAGAGUUCAUUUCUUAGCAUUUAUGAUUUUAUGUAUUUAGUUUUACUUAAAUUGAUUUUCUUCUAUCUCAUUUCAGUCGCCAUAAUAUUAUGCCAAAAUUUUACGAGAUUAAUUUUUCUAAAUUAAACAACCCCGCCAAUUUGAAAUAAAAUCCAAAUGUAU